AUGUUGGCAAUUAACCAAGCACCGAACCUAUGGCAAGGAUUUGAACGUAUUUGCACACAAAUCUGCUACAAGCUUUAUUAUCGUGCAUGUUCAUGCCAAUAUAUGGUGUGUAACACAGUAGAAUUUCAUCACAAAGAUUGUUCUUUGAUAAAAUGUUUACCGCAUGAGAUACAAAUGCAUGUCCAACAUACCCCUUUGUACCAAUUCCGUCUAACUUUGUUAUACCAUGCACGCUCUCAGGAUCAAUCAAAAGACAUUAUGAACGAAUUUGCACCCUUUAAAGUAUUCAACGGCUUAAACCACAGUUUUACGCAGAUAAUUGCCAAAUAUUCUACAUAACACACAUUUAUAAUGCUUUUUACGGUACUUCUAGAAUAUAUGAAGCUAGAUAAG